AUGCAGGCCGGCGUCCCGUCGAGAGAACUAAGUCACAGAGAUAGAUCAUACGCUCACAACCAGCCAAUACCAGCGGGUAACAGGCCUUUACCGCCGAGACGGAGCUCGAGAGGACCGGGCGGAUCUCACACAGACACAAUGGCACCAACUCCAUCAAAUGGCUCUUCGCCGAUGUACGACAUUGACGGGAAUGCAAUGCCCAGCAGCGAGGAGUGGAAGGAUAAGGGUGCGGCGGUAGGUGUUCGAGAAGAAUAUGACGCGAAUGGGAAGUUGGUGUUGAGGCAGGUCAAGAAAGGUGUUCGAGAUUUUGUUUUUGGUCGCACCUUGGGUGAGGGAUCAUACAGCACAGUGCUGCUGGCUACGGAUAGGCAGACUCUGAAAGAAUACGCGGUCAAGAUCCUCGACAAGAAGCACAUAAUAAAGGAGAAGAAGAUAAAAUAUGUGAAUAUCGAGAAGGAUACGCUGAACCGGUUGAUCGAACAUCCAGGUAUCGUUCGACUCUACUACACGUUUCAAGACAGUACGUCGCUAUACUACGUUCUUGAUAUCGCCAGUGGAGGAGAGCUUCUGGGGGUGUUGAAGAAGAUCGGAUCGUUCGACGAGGAGUGCACAAGGUUCUACGGUGCUCAGAUUCUUGAUGCCAUAGAGCAUAUGCACAACAGAGGUGUGAUCCAUCGUGAUCUCAAGCCCGAAAACGUAUUACUGGACGAUCAGAUGCACAUCAAAAUCACCGAUUUCGGGACCGCUAAGUUGCUCCCGGAUCCAAGGCAACCGAAGGACCCUACCAAAUCAUAUGAUAUGGCUGCUGAUGAGGAGGAGUCGACGAGAGCCCGCUCUUUCGUUGGCACUGCUGAGUAUGUAAGUCCGGAACUCUUGACGGAAAAGAAUGCCUGUAAGGCAAGUGAUUUAUGGGCUUUCGGGUGUAUCAUAUAUCAGCUCUUGACUGGAAGACCGCCUUUCAAAGCUUCAAAUGAAUAUCAGACUUUCCAGAAGAUUGUUGCCCUGGACUACGAAUUUCCUCCUGGAUUCCCGCCAGCGGCCAGAGAUUUGGUGGAGCGACUGUUGGUUCUCGAUCCGCAAAGGCGAUUAUCGAUCGAGCACAUCAAGAACCACGAAUUUUUCAAAGGAAUCCAAUGGGGUAGAGGUCUCUGGAGGAUGAAGGCUCCCAGGUUAAAGCCAUAUAUCCCCCCAACACAGGAGCCUACCCUCAUCAAGCUCAACGGAUAUUCAAGUGCACCGCAGCCAAUUUCUACAUCUCGGGCUCAACAGCCGUCGAACUCUUCCAAUGGCAACUCAAGGCCACAGCCUAGGAUCAUCACCGAACUCCCUCCCCCAACUCAACUCGACAUUGAAUGGUCGCCGGUCCUUACGCGAAGCAACGAGCGUAUACUGAAGUUAGGUAAUUUGAUGGUGCUCUCGACUCCUUUGCCGCACAGCCCAAAUUCGAAAGGCGAACACGGCGAGGCUCACGAGAAGAAGAAAUUAUCAAGGUUCUUUGGCGGUAACACAACUAAGAAGAGACAAAGGCUCGUUAUGGUAACUUCAAGCGCACGUAUCAUUUUGGCUGCAGCUGGGGGUGAGGAGAAGAAGACGAAACUCGAGAUUUCUCUUCUUAGUCCAGACUGUUCGUGGCGAACUCAAGUCGAUGCUAAAGGGCAGACGGUGUGGUGUGUGGAUACACGAGGCACACACUAUACCUUCGAGGAUACGAAAUCUUCGACGACGACAAAUGACCCCUCAAAAAGCUCGGCGCAAGAAUGGAUCGAGUCUAUAGAACGUGCCAAAGACCUUGCGCUUUCUCAGAGCAUGGUCGAAUCCUACAGCAGUGACACUGGUUUUGAUAUGCAAUCAAACGUCUCAAGUCCGAGCAGCACCCUACGCGGAAAUAGCAUCUACCCCGAAGGCUACAAUGUGACUGAUCGUGCGGGACGGAAUGUCCUGACGAAGAGCCAGGCUAGCCUUGCAGAGGAGCCUGGCGAGGGGAAGGCUGCUAAUAAGAGGAAUCGUUUUAGUAAAAGGGCUUCUAAAAGUGGUCUGUCUACGCCGUUUUGA